AUGAACGGAGCUCUUUUGACUCCUCCCAGCCCACGGGCCGUAAACUCCUCCCCCUUGCCCCCGUCACCCUCCCCGUCACCAUCCCCUCCAUCGCCCUCUUUGCUGCCUUUGUCGCCCCGGCCGCCGCCCCUCCCACCCCUGAUGAGCCCGCCACCACCGGCCCACCCGUCCUCGCUGUCGGACACCCCCACGCCUUCACCCUCACCUUCCCUCAGCUGGACUGAAUUCUGUGAGCUUCAUGCCCGCAUGGCGGCCGGCGACUUUGCACGGCACUUUAGGGCAUUCCUCUUGGAGAACCCUCACUACUCGCCUGACUCCGCCACCGCCUUCUGCCGCCGCUUCACGGAUCGCUUCGUCCGCCACUUUCAGAGCGAGUUGGAAGGGGCGCCACCACCUGCCGCUGCACCUGGCAGGGAGGAACCGGGGAGUUGGGCACCUCAGUCGGACGGCACAUCUCUGGAAGAAGAUGCCGCGUCCCCCUUGUCGGCAUCCGGGGCGGCGGCCCCGCUUUGCACCACCGCAAAUGUGGCUCGAACGGCUUCCAAACCGGCACCUGUUCGCCUUCUCCUGGACAACCGUAGUGGGGACAAAUUUCAAGACCCUUACGCUCACGGUCAGGUUCUGCCGCCUUCUUCGUCGUCAUCCUGCUGCUCCUCCGUGGGCGGCAAUAAUUGCAGGCGGGACGACAGGGGUGGCGCCACACUAGGCGGAAACGGGGAUGCGCCCGCCGAGGAAGAAGAAGACGGCUGGCCGGGGGCGGCCUCCAUGGGGGAGGAUGUGGAGCCGGAUGAGCGGGAAGCGGAGAGCGGCGAGGGGGAUGGCCCCGACGCCUCUUGCGGGCCACCCACACCCCCACCUUGCUCCAAAGGCGGCAGCGGUUCCAAAAACAAAGUAAAGAAGCGCUUCUCGCUUCGUAGCGUAGGGCGCAGUGUGCGCGGCAGCGUUCGCGGCAUCCUGCACUGGCGAAGCUCAUCCAGCGACUCUGCACCAAGCCCCCUGGCCCCCAGCUAUGGCUACACAGUGGGUGCGCAGGAAGCCGCUCUGUCCCGGAACGCCAUCGCCCAGCCUCCAGCGCCUGCCUCUUCCAUGCCCGUGUCUCUGUCCAUGCCCCUGUCCCUCCCCCACUCAUCUUCAUCCUCCCUGCCCCCUUCGUCAUCCAGCAGCGCCACCUCCCUCUCGUUUUCUGAUGCCGCUCGAGACCGGAGGCGGAGCAACGGCGAAGCUGGCGAGAAGGACAAGUGGAGCCACCGUUUGGAAAAAUUGCGACUGACUCGAUCGCCACCCCCCGUCCUCACUCCGAGCGCCACUUCAACCGUGCUGUUGCCCGCGGCGCCGCCAAGGAAGGUUGGUCGGCUGGUCCGGGAAGGCGGGGUCAGUGUCAGUUCAUCUAACGAUGAGUUGAGUGCCGGCCACGGCUUCCCGGGCUUCUCCUUUGCGCUCCCGCAUCACGGCCCCGACAACAACAACGCUGCGGGUGCCGGUAACGUGCCAUGGAGAGGGGGGCGUUGGCACAAGUGUCGUCUGGUACUCCGAGAGAGGGAACGAGAAGGGGAGCGAGGCGAGGAGUACUACUUAGAAUUCUUUAUUCCGCCUAAGGCAUCCAAACCACGGCGGACGGUGUCGUGUGGCGCCAUAGUUGACGUUAGGAGCACGACGGCGCUGGAGGUUCCGGAUAAGGAGAACAGCUUUCUGCUGCGGCUUGAAGGGGCCGUCCAGUACGUGAUAGAAACACGUGACGCCGUCCAGAUGAGGGCAUGGCUCAGCGACAUCCGAAACGGUGUCUGUCUCAGCAGCCAAGAAGAUCCUGACGGUGGCGUUCCAUCAGACAUCGGGGGCACGCCGGAGAUCGUCGACCGUCUGUCACAAGUGUGCUACGGCGGCGUGGCGGGCGCCUCCCCUCCAAUGGAGCCACUCCCGCCCGAACUGCCACCCCGAGCCCCUCUCGAUGACACUGACGCGCGCAUUCUCGGGGUAGGCGGGGCAAGUCUAGGUACUCCCUUUGCGGAGACGCCGGAUGCCACAGGUUCCUUCCUGUUCACGGAGGGGACAGCAGGCGAGGCUCUGGAGCAUCCGCUCAGCGAGUGCCAGUGGUUUCACGGCACCUUAUCGCGCCUCAAAGCGGCACAGCUGGUGCUGGCGGGCGGGCCGGCGAGCCACGGCGUCUUCCUGGUGCGCCAGAGCGAGACGCGGCGUGGCGAAUACGUUCUCACCUUCAACUUCCAGGGGAAGGCCAAGCACCUGCGCCUGUCGCUAAACGAGGACGGGCAGUGCCGCGUGCAGCACCUUUGGUUCCAGUCAAUCUUCGACAUGCUGGAGCACUUCCGCGUGCACCCCAUCCCACUGGAGUCAGGCGGCGCUUCUGACGUCACGCUCAUCAGUUUUGUUGGCGCCGCUGCUGUCCGACAGCCAGACUUGACCAGCAGACCCCGUAGCCCCCCUCAGCCGCCCCCUCUGCCCCCGGGACGCCCGCCACCCCCGACUCCGCCCCAGGAGAGGGGACAGGUGACGGAGACAGAGGCUGCGAUGACGGGAAGUAGCGUUGUGGUGGAGGAGCGGGAUGAGCGGGACGCUCCACCGCACCAACCGGAGGCGGUGGAAGAAGAUGAGCCGGAGGCCGCUCGGGCACCGCCCCGAGCCGUGGACAACCAGUACUCCUUCUUCUGA